AUGGAGGCUGUGGGAAGCCCAGCAAUGACUUAUCUGUUCUGUCCUGAACAUGCCACCAACUGUAAUGACACAAGUUGCCUGAUGCCAGUCGACAACUUCAACCAGCUUUUGAACUUAGCUUUAAGCACUGUGCUGACAACCCUCUUGGCCUUGGUCAUGUUUUCCAUGGGUUGCACUGUUGAAGCGAAGAAACUCUGGGGCCAUAUUAAGAAACCAUGGGGUAUCUGUGUGGGCUUUCUUUGUCAGUUUGGUAUAAUGCCCCUUACAGCCUUUGCACUGUCAACAGCCUUCAACGUUCACCCUGUUCAAGCGGUUGCUAUAUUAAUAAUGGGCUGUUGUCCUGGUGGAACUGGUUCUAACAUUAUGUCCUAUUGGAUGGAUGGAGACAUGGAUCUUAGUAUCAGCAUGACAACAUGCUCCACAGUACUGGGAAUGGGAAUGAUGCCUCUUUGCCUCUUCCUCUACACAAGAACUUGGGUUGACUCAGACAUCAUUCAGAUCCCUUAUGACAGCAUAGGUAUUACCCUGGCAAGCCUCAUAAUUCCUGUUGCUGCUGGAGUUUAUGUGAACCACAGGUGGCCAAAAAAGGCCAAAAUAAUACUGAAGAUUGGCUCUAUUACUGGAAUUUUCCUCAUAGUCGGUAUAGCCGUGACUGGUGGCUUACUGUAUAGAGGAUCCUGGGCAACCGCUGCUUCCCUGUGGAUCAUUGGGACAAUCUAUCCAGCUAUCGGUUAUGGACUAGGAUUUGCUUUAGCUCGUAUUGCUGGUCUGCCUUGGUUUAGAUGCCGUACUGUAGCUUUGGAAACUGGUGCACAGAACACUCAGCUCUGCACGACCAUCGUUCAGAUCUCCUUCUCACCUGAGCAGCUCGUGCUCAUGUUCACCUUCCCGCUCAUCUACAGCAUUUUUCAAAUAUUGUUUGCAGCUAUAAUGAUUGGAGCUUAUCAAUUGUACAAAUGGCAUGGCAAGAGAACCAGAGGCGACUGCAAUAAACAAGAUGAUGAAGAAAACGACAUAUCCUUUGCUUAUACAAAUGGAGGAUUAGAAGCAGAUGAAAAACUACCUAAAGGGGACUCCCACACAGAUGGGAAAUUACUCAAUGGCAUCUUGAAAAGAGGGCCCCCAACUGAAGAAAAGUCAUCAACCUCUAGCUUGGACACAAAUACCAACCUGUAAGGCUGUUGCUUAUUAUGUCCCUUGAUACCAUACGUGUUGCCAUAGGUCAUUAUGGAUCUGCCCUUACAGAUACUACUGCGGAAGUUCUGUUUCAAAAGAACAAUUUACGCACCUUUAUCAUGACCUCACCCUGGU